UGCUUAGACAUUCGCAAUCGUCGGUGUCGGUUGUUACGAAUUGGUCAACCGGUAGUUAUCUAGGACGAGAAUAUCUACGUCAGGAUGGUUUGGGGAGAAUAUCCCGCUGAAUUUAAUCCCAAGGUUCACGGACCUUACGAUCCUGCACGUUUCUAUGGAAAAAAAGAUACUCCGUUCACUCAAGUGAGGCUGCGUGAGCUUGGCAGCUGGCUGGCUCGCCGCAACAAGACGCCUCGAGCAGCAACACAGGCUGUCUCUAGAGCCUGGUGGCGCUGGCAGCAAAAGUACCUCCUCCCCGAGAAAAUGGGUGUGGCCCCCUUCAUCCAGAUCGCAGUAGGAAGCAUGGCCUUCUUCUAUUUGAUCAACUACACUAAGUACAAGGCACAUCGCACUCAGAAGUACCAUUGGUAAGCCUUCAUCCUUCACCAUCUCAGGAGGAAGUAGAAGCCAAGCAAUGUAAUAUAUCAAUAAAUUUUCGCUAGACCACAUGAUGUUUUUUCAGUCUCAAUAAAUUCAUCAGAUAAUGUGUAAUUUUGAAGCGGUCGUAAGUUGUUCAUGAAUUUGUCCAUUUUGUUGCAAUGAUGGUGUCAGUGAUCAGGCAGUUGCUACUAUAGACUACAUGCAAUUGAUCAUUGUAAUCGGAAUCAGAUGUACUAAAGGGAUAAAAUAAAAUUCCCCAUACUA